AUGGGGCAGUCCGACUCGCGAAUGGCCGACUACACGCCUGAUCCCUCCAGCCCUGGUAGCUCGACCAAGCUGACCAAGAAAGAGCUUCGGCGGAGUAAGAAGGCCGAGCGCCGCAGCAAAAAAAUCGCAAAAAAGCUUGCCGCGGUCGAGGCCCGUCGCAGCAAGAAGGAACGGCGCAAUCGCAGCAAAUCCAUCGCUGCUCCAGGUCAUGAUAAUGCCGUGGACAUUGACCAUGGCUCAAAUCUGCAGCAAGCCCUCCGCCAGAAGCGCUCAAAUUCCUUUGUUCAACCAUCCGGACUGACGUCAGCCAGCGUGGACGAGGUCACCACGUCUCGAGUCCCCGCCUCGGGUUUUGGCACGGUACAAGGUGAGAUUGCUCGACGAGAGCGAGCCGACACGGCACAUCGUCAGCAAGAACUUGAAGAACGCGCGCAUCAGGAGGAGUUGAUGCGCAAGCGACAGGAGGAAAGCGAGCGCCGAGCAAGUGCAGCCGCUGAGCGGCGCGCCCAAGAAGCAGCUCAAGAGGCCCAAGCUGCUAGCCGAGCGGCUGAAGAAGAAGCUCGUCGUGCUCAAGAACGUGACUCGAUGGCGGCGGCGGAGCAGCGCCUUCACGAGCAAACUCAGGACAAGGCCAGAGGGCACCCUGCCCAACAUCCCAAGGCCGCUAUUCCUGAACAGCCCUCUGAGGCCCAGAUGUUAGCUGAGCGACGCGCCAGUGCAGCUGCCGAGCAGCGGGCCAAAGAAGAGGCUGAACUCAAAGUUAAGGAGGAGGCCGAGCGCAAGGCUAAGGAAGAAGCUGAGCGCAAGGCAAAGGAAGAGGCUGAGCGCAAGGCUCAGGAGGAGGCCGAGCGCAAGGCUAAGGAGGAGGCCGAGCGCAAGGCAAAGGAGGAGGCCGAGCGCAAGGCAAAGGAGGAGGCCGAGCGCAAGGCAAAGGAGGAGGCCGAGCGCAAGGCCAAGGAAGAGGCCGAGCGCAAGGCUCAGGAAGAGGCUGAGCGCAAGGCUAAGGAGGAAGCUGAACGCAAGGCUCAGGAGGAAGCUGAGCGCAAGGCCAAGGAGGAGGCCGAGCGAAAAGCUAAGGAGGAGGCUGAACGCAAGGCUAAGGAAGAAGCUGAGCGCAAGGCUAAGGAAGAAGCUGAACAAAAAGCCAAGGAGGAGGCCGAACGAAAAGCCAAGGAGGAGGCCGAGCGAAAAGCUAAGGAGGAAGCUGAACAAAAAGCCAAGGAGGAGGCCGAGCGCAAGGCCAAGGAGGAGGCCGAGCGCAAGGCCAAGGAAGAAGCUGAGCGCAAGGCCAAGGAGGAAGCUGAACAAAAAGCCAAAGAGGAAUCCGAUCCUGAGGCGGCGGCCUUGGCAGCUGGGAGUGCCAAUAUCAACACCGCCGCAGCCAUGUUUGGAGCGCGCAUGCGCAGCUCCUCCUUUAGUCAGCUCAACGUGGGCGCUGAUAAACCAUUGGCAUUGGCCAACACGUUUGGCGACUCGGAUAGCGCAAAGAGCACCCCGCGUCGUAGCGUCGGUAAACUCAACAUUAGUCAUAUCACCUCGAAUGAGUCGACGCCGUCCAAGGACGGUGCUACUGGUGAGGAUUUUGAGGAACUCGACCAACGAGCCCUUGAUGCGGCCAAAUGGGUUGAUAAGGAGAUUCGCAAGCUCAUUGGCGAGAUUCAAAGGCUAGGCACAAAGAAUGAUAGUGGCAAGGUUGAGAUCACCUACGGACCUUUGUUUGAUGCGACGGCAAAUACCUUUGAGGCUCUGUCUGGGACGCUAAAGACGGCAAAGAAGUAUGAUGUCGUGGACUACGAGGGAGAGCUUUUGUACCAGGGAGCCAGCGACGACGUAGUCAUCACCCUGCUCAAGGACACACACGACGGCGUGGUCAUCAAACGGCGACGUAAGUCAGAUCUCAAGACAGGAAGCGGCGCCAAGAGCAAAGGGUUUGAAACGAACACGCUGCAAAACGCCCAACAAAAAUGCCAUGUUUGUGGCAAGACCGUCUACCCCAUGGAAUUUGUUGGCGCUGCGGGCAAGGCUUUUCACAAGAUGUGCUUUCGCUGUGAGGUGUGCAAGACAACACUCAAAGCGACCAAUUACUGCUGCACCGACGACUCGCGGUUUUAUUGCAAGACACAUUACAUGGCCAAGAUUAAUGCUGGUGCAACCAUUGACGAUCUGUGA